AUGGCAUCCCUCGGCCCCUCCCUCUACGCCCUCCCCCACACCCCCCUCCCCUCCAACUCCCGCCCCUCUCCCACCCUCCACGAGCAGCGCGACACAGAGCACCUCAUCAAACAGCUCAUCGACCUCACCGCCGACCCCGCCGUGCCCACGCCAGACACCACCAAACAGUAUCCUACCCUCAGGAAGGCCGAGCAUACCCAGUUUCUUGCCUCCAGCUUCUUCCAGCUGCCUGGAAAGUUUGUCAGCCUCGAUGCGAGUCGUCCUUGGCUAGUGUUCUGGACCGUGCACUCUCUCGAUAUCCUGGGCGUUGCUCUGGACCAGGGCACCAAAGACAGAGUCGUUUCGACCCUCCUUCACUUCCUCUCGCCCCUCGGAGGAUUUGCUGGCGGCCCCGCAAACUCUCAGCUACCCCAUCUUCUUCCUACCUAUGCCUCUGUCUGUUCCCUGGCCAUCACCGGCAAUGCUGGGCCCAAUGGCGGAUGGGAUCACCUCGUCAGUGCUAGGCAGGGGAUAUACGACUUUUUCAUGCGCUGCAAGAGGCCUGAUGGGGGCUUUGUCGUGUGUGAAGGGGGCGAGGUCGACGUCAGAGGGUCUUAUUGUCUCUUGGUUGUGGCUACACUGCUGGACAUUCUCACACCCGAGCUUCUCUAUAAUACCGACAAAUUCAUCGCUGCUUGUCAAACAUAUGAAGGCGGCUUUGCCUGCUCGUCCUUCCCUUUCCCUUCCAUCAUCCCCUCUGCCUCCGCCAUUCCCACCGCCGACCCCUCUGCCCGAGCACCCAUGUCCGAAGCUCACGGCGGCUACACUUCCUGCUCUCUCAACUCUCACUUUCUCCUCACUGCUGUUCCUCUUCCGUCCUUCCCUGCGCCCAUCGAUGCUGAUGCGGCUCUGAGAUGGACGGUACUGCAGCAGGGUGAAGCUAUUGAAGGAGGCGGUUUCAGGGGGAGGACAAACAAACUUGUAGACGGCUGCUACUCUUGGUGGGUCGGUGGUGGGGCGCCUGUAGCAGAGGAACUCGUCCGACGAGAGCGUUCCAAAAAGGCCAAGGGACAAGCCAAAAAGCUCGAGGUCCUUGAUGGUGAAGAGCAGGAGAGCGAUUGGGAAGACGUUGCUCCCUCCCCAUCAGUCUUCAACCGAGUUGCUCUGCAAGAAUUCACCUUGAUUGCCGCCCAGCAAGACGCUGGCACCACAGGCGGUCUUCGCGACAAGCCCGGAAAACGACCCGACCAGUACCACACCUGCAACAACCUCUCGGGUCUGUCCAUCGCCCAACACAAUCUCGUCCACUCUCCAUCGACCAUUGCCGCCAACCGCGCCGAGUUUGACCCCUCAAAAGGACUGCCUGCAGUCAAGACCUCGACGCCUGAAGGAGGGUGGAAGAGCGAAGAGGAGAGGCAAGAGGCGAGGAGGGCGGUGUGGGCUAGUGCGCUUGGUUGGACGGUGGAGGGGUCAGAGGUUGUCGUGGGAGGAAAGGACAAUCGCGUGAACACGACUACUCCAGUGUUCAAUCUGUUGAAUCUGAGGCUCAAGCCGUUUAUCAACUACUUUUAUUGUCAAGAGAAAUGA